GAAAUGGCGACCAUAAAUCCCGGCAACAAAACCAGCAGAUUACACUCUCCCCACCACACCGCCUGCACCCGACUCCACCAGAUCGCCGCCCUAGCUCUCGUCGCAGCCACUUUCUUCCUCACCAGACUCUUCGACCACUCCCUCGCCCCCUGCUCCUCGCCCUACCGCAAAUCCAAUCACUACACCGCCCCCGUUAGCCGCCUCAAUUUGAAGAUCUAUGUGUACGACAAGGACGAGAUCGAUGGCUUGCAGCUGCUCAUGUCCGGCCGCGAUGGGAAGAUUUCCGCCGACGCCUGCGUUAAAGGCCAAUGGGGCACUCAGGUUAAAAUACAUAGGUUGCUGUUGCAAUCAACAUAUCGGACUAGAAAGAAAGAGGAAGCAGAUCUGUUCUUUGUUCCAUCUUAUGUUAAAUGUGUUCGAAUGAUGGGUGGUCUUAAUGACAAAGAGAUCAACCAAACUUAUGUCAAGGUUUUAAGUCAAAUGCCAUAUUUCAGGUUAUCUGGUGGCCGUAACCAUAUUUUUGUAUUCCCAAGUGGUGCUGGAGCUCACUUGUUCAAAUCUUGGGCUACAUAUAUAAAUCGCUCAAUAAUUCUGACCCCAGAGGGAGACCGGACAGAUAAGAGAGACAUUAGUGCCUUUAAUACAUGGAAAGAUAUCAUCAUACCCGGUAAUAUUGAUGAUGGGAUGACAAUUAAUAAGCCCAGGCUUGUUGAUCCUUUGCCUCUAUCAAGGAGGAUAUAUUUGGCAAAUUACUUAGGUCGAGCACAAGGAAAGGCUGGUCGUCUUCGAUUGAUAGAACUUGCAAAGGAGUAUCCUGAUAAGUUGGAAUCUCCAGUGUUGAAAUUCAGUGGCCCAGAAAAACUUGGGAAGACAGAUUACUUUCUACAUCUGCGAAAUGCGAAGUUCUGUCUUGCGCCACGUGGAGAGUCAUCAUGGACGCUUCGCUUCUAUGAGUCAUUCUUUGUGGAGUGUGUCCCAGUUAUCCUAUCCGAUCAGGUAGAGCUGCCUUUCCAGGAUGUAGUUGACUACUCUCAGAUAUCAAUCAAAUGGCCAUCCACUCGGAUAGGGACAGAACUUUUGGAUUACUUAGAAUCAAUUUCAGAUGCGGAGAUAGAAGAAAUGAUCACCCGAGGUCGGAAAGUGAGGUGCUUUUGGGUGUAUGCUCCAGAGUCAGAAUCAUGCUCGGCUUUCAGUGGAAUUCUUGGGGAACUUGAGAAGAAAGUGAGGCAAUUCCAUCAGUCAGUAGAGACGUUUUGGUUGCAUAAUGGAAGUUUGGUGAAUAGAGAUUUGGUGGAGUUUAGCAAAUGGAAACCACCCAUGCCAUUGCCUUAGUUUGAUGGUAAAUAUGCUUUUUAAAAAAUCUUUUUUCCACUAUUCGUUACACUUUCUUCACAUUCAUAUUCACCCUUUUUAGAAAAAGAAAAAACAAACAAAAAAGAAAGGGUGGAUGAGAUUGUUUUUAUAGAUUUUUGUACUAUUUUUUAUGUUUAUGCCAGUCCUUACAUUGUCUA